AUGUGGCUAUACUCCUGCUCAGAGCCAGAGUCUCCUAAAACUAUAGCUUGGGCCUAUACUUUCGCUUACAAAAAAAUAUUGCAGUUACCUCUGCCUUUAAUGGAGAAGCCGCAUGUCGUCAUUUUCCCACUCAGCAUGGGGAUAGGACAUUUCCUUCCAGCAGCUGAGCUUGCAAAGAGGCUCUGUCACUUUCAUGGCUUCUCCAUCACUCUCAUCAUCAGCAAGUGGAUGUGGACAUCUCAGCAACACGCAGUGCUUGAACGAUUGGCCUCCUCUGCUCUCGACAUACGCUUUGCAGAGAUUCCUCACAUCACUGUGGAUGAAGAUGAGCAAAACAUGAAAAUAGAUACACGAAUUUCCAAGUUUGUGCAGAAAGCAAAGCCACACAUUGAAGACGUUCUGCAAUCGUUGCGUUCAUCUUCGCUCAUCUCUGCUUUUAUUACAGACAUAUGCUGUACGGAACUGCUCGACGUUACCGCCAAGCUAAAGAUGCCAGCUUAUUUAUUCGUUACGAGCUCUGCUGCCUUUGUUUGUUUUUUGCUACAUCUUCCAAAGCUCGUUUCGGAGAUUAAGCUUUCAUUCAAAGACGCCGAUUAUGAAGUGGAGAUAUCGGGGCUUCCGUCGAUUCCUACCCGUGAUCUGCCCAGUCCCGUUCAGGACAUGUCGGAUUCGUCCUUUAAAUGGGUUAUAUACCAUGCCUCCCGCCUCAAGGAAGUAUCAGGGGUUCUCAUUAACACAUUUGCUGAGCUGGAGGAGGAAGCCAUCAUGGCCCUUACCACCCUUGCAACGCCCUCCAUCUAUCCGAUAGGUCCGUUGAUCUGCAAAGGAUCUGAUACCCCUGACGAGUCCCGGUGCCUCAAAUGGUUGGAUGAGCAGCCUCCCUCGUCUGUUCUGUUUGUAUCCUUCGGAAGCGCAGGCGUUUUGUCGAGGGAGCAAAUUACAGAUCUGGCAAUUGGGCUCGAAGCCAGCGGCCACCGGUUCCUGUGGGUGCUGCGCGGGUACAAAUCUGAGGACUUCUCUUUUCUGGAAACUGACAUUUCUCAGCUUUUACCGGAGGGUUUUGAGAGUCGAACCUGGGACCGUGGGCUGGUGCUUCCUAAUUGGGCUCCUCAAGUACGGAUCCUUUCUCACCCCUCUACCGGAGGCUUCCUUUCUCAUUGCGGGUGGAAUUCUACGUUGGAGAGUGUCUGUCAUGGAGUCCCAAUGAUCGCUUGGCCACUGUUUGCCGAACAGAGGAUGAACAAGGUCAUACUGGUGAAGCAGAUUAAGGUAGCCAUAGAUUUGAAGAUGGACAACAACGGAUUUGUGAAGAGAGAAGAAGUGGAGAGAGCUGUGAGGGAAUUGAUGGAAGGAGAGGAGGGAAGAAAGGCGAGGGAGAAAAUGAAAGAGUUGAAGGGCAAGGCCAAAAUGGCAGUCAUGGAAGGAGGGAGCACAAUCAAAGCCACAGCCCGUGUAGCCGCAGAUCUGUCAGCCUCAAUUUGGAAUGUUAAAUAAUGAUAUAUAUUUUACUUCGUUACACUACAAAUUGGUGAACACUGAGAUAUGUUGUCACUACCUAUAGUUUAAGUAAUACUCCUCGAAACUCUACUACCAGAUCAAUAAUGGUGAUGUAUUUUGCUUUAGAGUGAUUUCUUCUAUUCUGUCAGUAAGUGUUGUGUAUGUGAAACCAUAAUUAAUAAAAGCA